AUGACGCAGAGCAUCGUCGUUCAUGACUUACUUGAACUAUUUAGCCGUCGCUCGACCAUUCUCAUAGAUCGGUGCUGCUCGAAAAUAUCAAAAAGUUCCAAAAGUCUGGACACGGAACAAACGCGAAGAAUUGAUCGAAUUGUGGUAGCACGGAAAUCAGCAUGCACCCUCCUUAAUUACCAAUUCAGGAAGCCCCUGAGCUCGAGAAAGAGGAAAUGCUGGAAACCAUCAGCUCUGGCCUCUUGGUUGACUCUUGUGGAGGUAUCCACACUCCUCCUGUGCAGUAUUUCAUCCCCCAUAGCAGGGAGAUCGACGCGAGAUAUUCCCAGUUCGAACGUUUCGGAUAAUUCGGAUAGUUUGUGCUCAACUGAAGAUUGUCUCCGUAGCGCUUCCACGAUCCUAGAAAAUUUAGACCCGAGUGUCGAACCCUGCGACGAUUUUUAUCGAUAUGCGUGUGGUGGCUUCAUCAACAAGACGAUUUUACCUGAAAACCAGGAGAAGCUGAACAGUUUGUUAAUUGGAGGACUGAAAGUGCGGGAACAGGUGAAAUCAAUGAUCGAGGAAGACAUCGAACCCGAUGCACCAAGGCACUUCAAACUCAUGAAGGAUCUGUACAACAUUUGCAUGAAUGAAACCGCAUUCAAGGCCGCAGGCUUCAAGCCUCUUCUCCAGCAACUGGAAAAAUUCGGUGGAUGGCCAGUCCUCCUUGGCGAUGCCUGGAACGAGAAUGAGUUCAAUUGGGUGGAAACGAUUUACAAACUUCGCAAUUCUGGAAAUCCUUUCUUCCAACUCAUUGCUUCAGGAGUUGUACUCGAUGUUAAGAAUAACUCAAGAUACGUCAUUGCUAUAGACCAAGCGACCCUGGGAAUUCCUCGAGACUUCCUAUUGAAUGGCACGGAUGAUCCCGAAGUGCAAAGGCAUUACGAAAAAAUGGUUAAGACAGCCGUGCAGCUCGGUGCUCAGAGGGCUCGUGCUGAGAAAGAAAUGAUGGAAGCGUUGGUUUUUGAAAUGAAGUUAGCAAACAUCACAGAUCCAGAAGAGGUUCGUCGGAACAUAACUCUGAUCUACAAUCCAAUGUCGAUCAGAGCGUUGUCAGAAGCAUAUCCAAGCGUAAGGUGGAUCGAGUUUUUCAACAGAAUGGUACCAUCGCCAACUACUGUAGAAGAAGACGAAAUCAUUAUCGUUAAGAGCCCGAAGUUCUUCACCGAAUUGGAAAAACUAUUGGCCGAAACGCCGAAACGGACUGUAGCGAACUAUCUUCUGUGGGCACCGGUUUGGGGUUCCUUAGAUUAUUUGGGACUUCCUCCGAACACGCCAAAUCCCGAGGUCUGCGCACGAGAUGUCAUCACAAAAUUUCAAAUUCUCACCUCUGCUAUGUACGUGAGACGGUACUUUAGCAAGGAAGCCAAGCGAAAUGCGAUCGAAAUGGUCGAGGACCUCAUGAGGCAGGCCAUCGAUAUGUUGGAAAAGAAUGACUGGAUGGAUAACACGACAAAAGCGAGAGCCCUGGAAAAAGCCAGGACGAUGACCAGCUACGUGGGCUACCCUGACGAAUUGUUGGACGACCACGAGCUUGAAAAGUAUUACGAAAAAUUGGAUAUUUCUGGAGACAGUUACCUCGAUAGUAUCUUGAAAAUAGUUCAUUUCGAUGAGGACCUCUCAUGGAGUAAAUUGCAUCAACCUGUGAACAGAUCGGAAUGGACGGGUCAUGCCGAUUCCGCUACCGUUGAUGCAUAUGCUAUGUACGACCAGAAUAGCUUUGUAAUUCCUGCCGGUAUACUACAAGGCUUUUUUUUCAACAUCAACCGGCCAAAUUACAUGAACUAUGGUGCCAUUGGAUAUGCCAUUGGCCAUGAAAUAACGCACAACUUUGACGACGUUGGCAGAUAUUUCGACAAAAAUGGCAAGUUUGCUGAUUGGUGGGUGCCUUCAACCGAAGUACGUUAUCAACAACGCGCGCAAUGUCUGCUCGAUCAGUACGGAAAUUACACCGUUCCGGAGAUUGGCGUAAAAUUAAACGCCCAGAGAACGCAGGGUGAAAAUAUUGGCGACAAUGGGGGUAUAAAAAUUGCAUAUAUGGCCUACAAAAGUUGGGUCGCCAGGAAUAAACCGGAGGCUCGGUUGCCCCAAAUUGAUCGAACUCCGGAGCAAAUGUUUUGGCUAAGCGCCGCCAGCGUCUGGUGCGCCAAAUCGACGCUCGACUCUCUCCGGAAUGAAGUAGCCACCGAUCCACACAGUCCAGAAAGAUUCCGGGUGCUUGGAGCGUUUUCGAACAUGCCUGAAUUCGCUGCUGAUUACCAUUGUCCGGUGGGGUCAAAUAUGAAUCCUGAGAAAAAAUGUUCGGUUUGGUGAUCCAAUUGUCAGACCUCGAUCCCGUUGAUUGUAAAAAAUAUUUAUUAAUAGAAAACUUGAAAAGCUUUCCAUA